GCCGCUGCGCGGCGAGGGUUCUGUUCAUUCCCUUCGAGAGCGCGCGUUGUGGAGGGCCUCAGCACCAGCUCACACCAUGUGGACCGCGGAUGAGAUUGCGCGGCUGUGUUAUGAGCACUACGGGAGCACGCUGCCCAAGCAAGGGAAGCCUGAGCCCAACCGCGAGUGGACGUUGCUCGCAGCCGUGGUGAAGAUACAACCUACAGCUGACCAGGCCUGCGACCGCCCUGACAGACCGGUGCAAGUGACAAAGGAAGUUGUCUCAAUGGGAACAGGAACCAAAUGCAUAGGCCAGUCCAAAAUGAGGAAGAGCGGAGACAUCCUCAAUGAUAGCCAUGCUGAGGUCAUAGCCAGAAGGAGUUUCCAAAGGUACCUUCUCCAUCAGCUCCACUUGGCAGCCACCCUGAAGGAGGAUUCCAUCUUUGUCCCAGGAACUCGGAGAGAACUGUGGAAACUCAGACCAGACCUCUUGUUUGUGUUUUUCUCCAGCCAUACACCCUGUGGGGAUGCCUCCAUCAUUCCAAUGCUUGAGUUUGAAGAUCAGCCUUGCUGUCCGGUCAGGAGAGAUUGGGCCAAUAACCCAUCAGUAGAAGCUAGUGAUAACCUAGAAGCUCCUGAAGAUAAAAGGAAAUGUGAAGACUCAGAUAGUCCUGUGACCAAAAAGAUGAGGCUGGAACCCAGGACUCCUGAUGGUAUGGCUCACCAUCAGAGUUUUGGCAACCAGGAAAGUGGCCCUAAUUCACCAGAUGUCAGCAGCUCUAAUCUCACUGCAGAGGAGCUAGCUGCUGUCACUGGAAUGGCCCCCGGUGGCGCCAAAGUGGUGGACGUUUAUAGAACUGGAGCCAAGUGUGUGCCUGGAGAAGCUGGAGACUCAGGGAAGCCUGGUGCUGCCUAUCACCGGGUGGGGCUUCUCCGAGUGAAGCCAGGCCGAGGGGACAGGACUUGCUCCAUGUCCUGCAGUGACAAGCUGGCACGGUGGAACGUCCUCGGAUGCCAGGGGGCACUGUUGAUGCACUUCCUAGAAGAGCCCAUCUACCUGUCAGCUGUGGUCAUUGGGAAGUGCCCGUACAGCCAGGAGGCCAUGCAGAGAGCUCUGAUUGGGAGGUGUCAGAAUGUCUCAGCUUUACCCGAAGGCUUUGGAGUUCAAGAAGUGAAAAUACAGCAGUCAGAUUUACUAUUUGAACAGAGCCGCUGUGCAGUACAGGCAAAAAAGGCUGAGAACCAAGGCCGACUUGUUCCUUGUGGGGCAGCUAUCAGCUGGAGUGCAGUUCCUGAGCGGCCACUGGAUGUCACCGCCAAUGGCUUUCCACAGGGAACAACAAAGAAAGGAAUCGGACGCCUUCAAGCCAGAUCCCGAAUCAGCAAAGUAGAGCUCUUUAGAUCAUUCCAGAAGCUGCUAAGCAGUAUUUCAGAGGACAAGUGGCCAGACUCCCUCAGGCCUGGAGUGCACUCCGGAAGCAGGCGUUUGGAUCCUGGAUCAGAAACCCACCGGAUUAUCAACAAUUUAAAUGAGCAAAGUUUACUGGCAGCAGGGUGUUUUCCAUUCAUUCACUCUGGACUGCCUUCUUCCUACAUGCUGGAUAAGCCUUAGCUUUUCUUGUGGCUGAUCAGGAAAAAAAGACUGCCAUCUACCAGAGUAAAAUAUCUCUUCUGUGUGAGAUGGAUGGAAUUCUGGACAUGGAACAAUCUAUACUUGACUGAAGAAGCUCACUGCUAAAACAGCAUCUUGCUAAUGACCUUGGUAUGUGUCCUGUGUUUUAUUGCU